GACUUGUUUUGAAAGAGCGACAUGAAAGUAAGAGCAAUUUGCAAUACUCUUGUACGGGAUAAUUUUUGCUACUUAUCAUGUUUACAUAGUGCGAACGUUGAAGAAUUUCUGACCAUGCUCGCGAAUGGCGAGGUAUCGAUCUGUUAUGUGCGGCGAAAUGAAACGAAGCGGUCCAGAAGAAGGGUCUCAACUCGUUAUUUUAAAUGACUGUGAGGUAUGUUCGAACAGUGAUGGGAUAUCUUAUUCGUAUGCCAACAAAACAUUUAAUAUACACUGUAGCCAGCUGUUUUGUGGCAUUCUGGGUUUUUUUCAUUGCUGUUGCACGAAAUUCUUUCUACACUAGUCGUCGCUUAAGCGGCACUUCGAAUGUUGUGGGUUUGACAAGUUAUUUAUCAAUCGGUAAACAUCAAUUAUUAUCCAAAGUACCUCGUAGUAAGAAUAUGCAAAAUACAGGAAUUAACUUAUCUCCAAGUCACGAUACUCGAAGGAUGUUUCACACUCUCGAACCUUUUGCACAUAACGCGUUCUUGAAUGACUCUUGGAGAGAAUUGACGAAGUACACAAUCCCGAAACCAUCGCGACAUAAAUUGAUUCGAAAAUCAAAAACUGACGAGGAAUUUGACAAGAAGUUUUUUCGAAACGACGAGCAAACCCUCGAAAAAAUUGUCGAUCACUUUACAACAGAUAUCAACAACGAGUUACCGGCGGUGUACAGGAAAAAAGGCAACCCAAAAAAGAGAUUUCCCAAUGUAAUAAUAAUCGGAGUGAAGAAAGCAGGCACAAGAGCACUACUGGAAAUACUAAAAUUGCACCCGCAAGUUUGUAGUAGUGGUCCUGAGCUUCACUUUGACCGUUACAAAUAUAAAGGAAUGCAAUGGUAUCGCGAAAGAAUGCCUUUGUGUUACGAAAACGAAUUACGAAUCGAAAAAACGCCGAGUUACUUUGUUACAAGCGGUGUUGCAAAUGAUAUCUUCGAAUAUUCUAAAUCGCUGAACGAAACUUUGAAACUUAUUGUCAUCGUUCGUGAUCCGACAACGAGAGCGAUCUCUGAUUUCACGCAAACACAACGAAGCGCCAAGAAUACUGGACGAUCUUUUGAAGAAGUUGCUACAAGACAAAUUGGUCAAGUCAAAACAAUAGUUAACGAUCGCUGGGCGGCAAUAAAAAUUGGUGCUUAUUCAAAACACCUUCUGCGUUGGCUUCGAUAUUUUUCAAAGCAACAAUUGCAUUUGGUAAGCGGAGAUGAGUUGAUUAAAUCUCCUUACGAAGAAAUCAAAGCCCUUGAGAGUUUUUUGAACCUUACCCCAUUCAUCAAACGGGAACAUUUUAUCUUUAACAAAACGAAAGGAUUUUAUUGUUUUGACAAACAAAUUAGCGAGCCAGUACAAAUGAGCAAAACUGACAAGAUUAAUCUACGUUGUUUGGGUAGUGAGAAAGGAAGAUCACACGUAGUUGUUUCAGAAAAGAUCCUAGCUAUGCUUCGCGAUUAUUAUCGGCCUUUUAACAAGGAAUUGUACACUUUAGUGGGAAGAGAUUUCGGUUGGCCUUGAAGGCAUUUAACAGAAACAUGAAACAUGUAUUAUAUUCGCCAUCAAAAGAUGUUUUAUUUAACAGGAAGUU